AUGCCCGUCCGCUCCGCGCCGUCAUUGGCGCAAGUCGCGCAGAGGCGCCUGCUCGCGCAGAUGUCGGCGAUUUCGGCCUCUACGCGGCGCACGCAGAACUACCCGCGGCCAAUUAUUGCUCCUUCGAGUGUCUGUUUCACUGGAAUGAUCUCAGUCAUCGACAUCACCAUUUUCAUCGCCAGACGCUGCAGCAGCACCACCAGCAGCACCACCAGCAGUGCUAGCACCAGCUGUGGCAUGAGUAAUGCCCUCGAGUCGAUUCAGGAGCAGCAGAGCGGGGAAGAAACGGAAGGGGAAGGAGAGGGUGAGGGGGAAGGAGCGGGAGAAGGGGAAGGAGGGGGUGAAGGGGGAAAAGGGAGUGUGGGUCGAGGAGGGGGUGAAGGGGGAACAACCGAAAAGGGAGGUGGAGUAAAGGGCGACGGAGGAGGAAUGAGCGAGAAAAGGGGAGGGAGCAUCGGGAUUGGGCAGUUGGAGUGGCUGAAAGAGUCUCGUGUGGCUGAUGUGAUGGGCAAGACGGAAGAGACCCGCACCAUGCUCGUGCUGGACCCGCAUGCCACGGUGCUCCAAGCCAUGGAGCUGCUUGGCUCUAGGGGCUUCCACCGGGCCCUCGUUCCUAACGUGUGCCCGUGCGACCACGAUAAAACCACCGCCAUGCCCAUGCCUGCGCUGCUGCAGUCGCGACUAGGAGGGGUGGAGGGGGGGACAACGGGGGAGGAGUACCGUGUGCUGUCUCAGAUGGACAUUGCUGCGUUCAUGCUCAAACACGAGGGGCUGCUGGGCUUGGCACUUGCUAAAAGCAUCGACGAAAUUGGGCUGGUCUGGCCCUCUGUCGUCUCGGUGACUCCAUCCACUCCCCUUCUCGACGCUUUUAACAUGUUCCGGAUCCGAGGGAUAAGCGCAGUAGCAGUGGUGCAGCCUAAGCCAGCUCCACCAGCAGUCAUGGUGGAGGAGGGGGUGGCCCAUGGGGGGGUGCGGCAGUGUGCUGAUAGGCACUCUCUCAGCAUCAGAUGUCAAGCAGGUGGAGGUUGGUACUCUGCUCUCCCUCGCGCCCACCACCACCGUAGCUGA